AUGGCUGUGGGAUCGCGGGAUCCCGAGUUGAGCUGCUGGCGGUGCUGGCCUCCUCGUAAGGGACUGGACACGGCCACCGGGCAGUGCGGUCGGCUUUGGCCUCAGCCUCCAGCAGUUGUAUCUAAACUGGUGGCUCAGAAUGUGGAACUCACUGUUUUUUUCAGGACAGAUGGAAGUUUUGUGGUUCAUGAUGUACCUUCAGGAUCUUACGUAGUGGAAGUUAUAUCCCCCGCUCAUAAAUUUGAGCCUGUGCGAGUUGACAUAACUUCAAAAGGCAAAAUGAGAGCAAGGUAYGUGAAUUACAUCAAACCCUCUGAAGUUGUCAGGCUGCCAUACCCACUCCAGAUGAAAUCUUCUGGACCACCUUCAUACUUUAUAAAGAGAGAAUCUUGGGGAUGGACAGAUUUCCUCAUGAACCCUAUGGUGAUGAUGAUGGUUCUUCCAUUACUGAUAUUUGUGCUUUUGCCUAAAGUUGUCAACACCAGUGAUCCUGAUAUGAGGCGGGAAAUGGAGCAGUCAAUGAACAUGCUGAAUUCCAACCAUGAGCUGCCAGAUGUAUCUGAAUUCAUGACAAGACUUUUCUCUUCAAAAUCUUCUAGCAAGUCUGGUGGUAGCAGCAGUAAAGCAGGGAAAAGUAGUUCUGGAAAAAGGAGGUAGUUAAGUCUUCCUCCUAAGUCUGAGUUUGCACAGCUGUUUGUUAUCAUGUGGUGUCAUGUUUAUUUUCUUGAAAGAUCCAAAAGCCACUACUGUAAACUUUAACCAGGCACAUCAUACAUUAUGCUACAAGUGUGGUUUGUAGCUUUUUUUUAGACUGUAUAAGCUGUUUUGUACUUGACAGUAAGCAAAAGAGGACAUGGCUUCAAUACUGUAUCUGUAUAAAGUUAUUGAYGAUAUUGAAUUAACUAUAUUGUUCUGUAGAGAAUUAAAAUAAAUUAUACAAUGUGCUUCACAGUAAUAAAUGUCUUAAGACAACGUAUAAAAAAUUUCAAAGGUAAUAGAAGUGGAGUUCCUUCUUAAGAUGUUUUCAAUGUUUUACCCUUGCUGUUGRGUUCUGAAAUGAAGAGAUCAUCCAUUCAGAAUAGAGUUGUCAAUUUACUGAGUAAGUAAAUUGCUGUAUCAGCUUGUCAUGUGUUACAUAAAAAAAUCAUUUUAUUUUAUGCUGUUUACUGUCUGUACAAUUUAGAGAAUCACAGAGUGGGUCAGAUUGGAAGGGACCACAGAUGGUUCUGUGGCCCAGCCUCUCUGCUCAAGCAAGGUGGUCCUAGAACACAUGGCACAGGAUUGCAUCCAGAUGGUUCUUGGAUAUCUCCAGUGAGGGAGACUCCACAACCUCUCUGGGCAAUCUUUAGUUCAGAGAUUUUCCACUUUGUAUUGCCCAGUUUUAUUCUUAUYUACUUCUUCUAAAACUUCUGUGGGAGGGAAAAAAGCAAAGUAUCUUGCAUGAAAAAGUCAUUUAAGCUGUCAAAAUCUUGAUCUUUGUUUUUUCUAAAUUACAAUUAUCACUUCUGUGAUGCUUAGGCUUCUUACUGUUUUCUGCAUGCAUGCUUUUCAGCUUAUCAGGUGUUAUGAUUUGAGGCCAAAUACAGAAUUUGAAAUGAAUUUAAAAUUAUUUUAAAAUAAAAGAACUGAAAGUGUAGUAAGAAGCUAAAUUCUGCUCAUCUUAUAAAUAAUGUUCCAAAGUAUGUGGCUGUCUAGGGUAUGCUAAGUCACUGGCAGAACUUCGUACUUCAGGCAUGCCUGUAUAUCUUUUGUGCAGUACCUUUUCUAACUACCCAGAGRAAAGUUGAAAAAACUGAUUGUUUUUCAGUAGUUGAACAUUUGCAAAUGAAAAUUACAGCAAUACUUGCCAAACCCGAUUAGCAACAGUUCAUAAAUUAUUAGUGUCCAUGCAGUGUAGAUAAUGUAUAUCUGAUGCCAAAACUCGUGUGUAACAUUCACAUGCUGUACAUCUGAUGCAAAAUUAAUUCUAAUGCAUGUAUUUGUUCUGCCAUAYACACAAGGGUUAUAAAUUUUCUUAGAAUACAUACUUAAAAGAUAUGCUGGGAAACAUAAAAGUUGCAUCAGAAUAAAUACUCUUUCAUAACAUUAAGUCAACUUUUAAGAUAUUGGAGAAGAAAUAACCCCAUGGUUUUUUGUGGRCAAUGAAAGAUUUCACUGUGCAAAGUGAGCUGCACAUUUUUGCUCUCUUYGUUUUCCUUGAAUGGUCUUUUUGUUUUGCAUAAUAAGUAAAAUGUUUUCAAUGGAGAUGAGGAUAUUUGGAUAUUCUUGAAGGAUCUCCUGAAAUUAGUGUUAUGUUGCAUUGGUGGAGAAAAAAAAUCAAAUAAAAAAAGCUUUCUCUUUCA